UCGACAUUCAUAGAAAUAUUUCUGACUUUGUGAAAAUAUCAUCAUGUAGCAGCUGUUGACAAAUUUUGAGGAAAAAGCAACACCAAUUGUUUACCUUUUUUUUAGUGUAGAGAUAAAUUGAUCAACAAUAUGACGGAGAAAAUACUCCCAGUUGAUAGUAACGUCCAUGAACUGAAAUUGGGGUCAAGUUUCGACCCAAGGUCCCGAGUUGCGUUUCACUCCUUUCGUUAUGAUUUCAUGCCGGCCUCGGUGGAUACCACACAGCAAGGGAUCGUAGAUGUUGGUGAAGGGAACCAGGUUACUGUCAGCUUACCACACGUAGAGGGCUCUGGCACAUCCCAUACAAUGUACAAAGGCAACAAACGCCCCAUCCCCAAAGAAUGUGUCCUCAUCAUUGACCAUCAGACUGGAACCUUCACCCUAGAGAGACUGGCCAACACUGUCAACUUGAAGAAAACAAGAAUGGAAGGCAGUAGCAAGAUCACACAAAACAGCCGACCUCUGACCCCUGUGGAUAUCAACAAGAGAUCACCAGUCAAACAGAAGGCCUUGACCUCCACCACUCUCAAUGUCAGCCCGCCCACUCCUCAGGUGGAAUCUCCCACUGUGACUCCGGUCCAUGACGAGCCAAAGGCCGAGGAAGCACAAAAAGAGCAAAGUUGGAUCGGUUUUAUAAGCGACUCAUCAUCUAGUGACUCAGAUAACUCAGAAAGUGACUCAGAAGAUGAGUCUAAGUCAAGUACUGCAGGAAAAUCGAACCAGAGUCUUUUUGGAUCUCAGAAUCAGCUGCUGUUUCCCUCUGUUCAGUCCUCAUCCAAUAUUCUGGGUAACGACCUUGCUUUGAGUGACUCUGACUCUGAUUAAGUGUGUCAGCUUGGUUUGAAAUAUUAUUCUUACUUUAUUUUGCGGGACACCAGGGCUUUGUUUUAUAUUUUAAAAAAACCCAGAGUGGUACAUUUUUUCAGUCUCUUUUAAUGAGUGUAAGUGAAUAUUUUUUUACAUUUGUAAUAUAAAUUAUAAUCAUAUCAAACAAUUUCAAUUCUAGUUAGUUAAUUGUUAUAUAAUUCCUUGAUUAUGUUUUACAUUUGUAACAUUUCGUGGCUUUUGAAUAAGAAGCAUUUGUAAAUUUGGUCAUAAGUUCUUUUGUAAAACCAAGUCCUGGCAUAAGGGCCAUAAAACUUAGACGGGCUUACUUUUGAUUUCAGUCUCACUUUUAGUCAAGAAAUAUAUGGUGGAAAAGUGAGACCGAGAUCAAAAGUGAGCUUGUCUAAGUUUUAUGGCAUCAGGGCCAGGUCCUGGCAUAAGGGCCAUAAAACUUAGCUGGGCUCACUUUUGAUCUAAUUCUCACGUUUACUUAAGAAAUACAUGGUGGAAAAGUGAGACUGAGAUCAAAAGUGAGCUCAUUUUUAAAUUAGUUUUAUGGUCCCGGGGCCAGGCUCUAAGACCAUUAAGCUUAUAUGAGCUCACUUCUGAUUAAAGUCUUGUCUUUAUAUACAGAAAGGAUAAUUUUAAUUUUGGGGGGAAAAGUGAGAAUGGGAUUAAAAGUUGGUUUAGCUCAGUUUUUUUGCCCCUGGGGCAUUGACUGCUUUUAGCUCAAAAAAGUUAAAAGAAUUUUAUAGUGGACAUUUUUUGAUUUGUGUUGCUGUGCAACAUACAAUGUAUUUGAUUAUGUGUGUAAAUAAUUACAACAAGGUCUCUUUGUGGUUCAUGUUUAAAACAAAUAAAAUGUGUAAUUAAUGAAUUAGUGGACUGUUAUGU